CGGACUUCCAAUCACAAUCCAAUCCAUGCCAGAACAGUAACAAGCGAUCGGCAAGAUGCAUCUGUUGCUCCAGUUGCUGCUAUGUAUUCCACUCGUUGUGGGCGAGGUUCUGCCCCUGCAACCCGACUUGGACAACAUUCAGAUGACCAUCCGACGAAGUGCCAGUCGCGGUGACAAGCUGCAGGUGUUCCACAGCAUCUGGGGCGCCAUUCGCUCCGACUUCGCCACCGAUACGGACAAGGUGAAGGGCCUGUACAGCCAGCUGGGCAUAUUUGUUCGCGACGAGGUGCAGUGCAGCAGCGGCUCCACGGGCCAAUCUGCCUGCGAGCUGCAGCAGGAGGUGAGACGCCACCUGAGGAGUCUCAUGGCCCAGCGACUGGCCAAUAUGCUGAACGCCGAGGAGAGCAUUCAGACGUACGGCAUGUACAUAGCGGCCAGUGUGGAGCCCGCCCUGGUCAGGGACAUUCUGGUGCACGCCAUUGAGGACGUGUACUUCCAUCGGCCGCUGGAGAAGCUGGUCCAGCAGCUGGAGCAGCUGUACGCGGAUCGCGACGAGGUCAGCUUUCGCAUGAUGAUCGAGGCGCAGUUGGCGCUCUUCGGGCGCUAUCAAUCCAUGCAUGACAACAGCGAGGCGUUCCUGUUCAACGUGGCGCACGUGGUCAGCAAGAUCCGGAGCCAUCAUAUGUACGCCAGCGUGGAUGCGGGUCUCCAGAAGCGAUUGGAGGCCAUGGGCAAGCGUCUGCCACCAGUCCUUGGCCUGCUCUUCGAUCCGCAGGGCUUUUGCCUGCUGAGUCGCUCCGAUCGCGAGUACAUCUACACCACCAUAACGGACGACUGGAACUACGGGCUGAAUGGCCGGCAGGUGUUCACCUGGCAGAAGAAGAACUUCACCGAUUCUGCGGGCCAGAUACGCGCCUUCGUCCAGGAGCAGCACGCCACACCGUUGUUCACGCUGCGCAGCGAGCUCUUCAAGUGGUACUAUUUCGUGGAUCCCAGCGAGGGCAAUCGCUUGGCCGCCCUGCGAUCCGGCAGUCCCAGCUCCUCGACCAGCACCUGGUCCAUCGCCUACGUGGAGGACGCACUCAUCUUCCGGCAGCGCGAACUCACGCUCUGUGCCGCCGAGAAGUUCGACGACGUGCGUCGCCUGGUAAAGAUGUUGCCCGGGCAGAUGCACACGCCGCCAUCGGAUGCCUGCCAGUGGCUACCGGUUGCUUGUGCUCCGCCAAAGUGAGCGGGAUGGCUGCACCUUGGAACGUUCCCAGCAAAUAAAUCCAUAGCAUCAUUGCCAUCAUGUAGAAUGUAUGAUUUUGGAUUUAUUCCUAGGCAGUCAUGACAAAAUAAGUACAAGUUACAAUUCAGUAGAAA